GGACAAGGAAGCGAAGGCUACGCCCGAGGAGAGGGCGAUGCUCCACAGCGGCAACGGCAAGAUUCAGUGGCUGGUGCGAUCUACCCGCAUGGACUUGGCAUUUCGACUGGUGGAGAGUCAAACGAGGGCUCACGACAGCGACGUGAAGGUUCAGGACUUGCUGGACUUCAACAAACUGGUGAGCGACGCCAAGACGGACCAUCAGAAGAUCAACAUAGACGACGCGAUCGCGGUGGCGUUUGGAGACUCGAGUCACGGCAAGGCGGGCAAGGCGAAGACCGCGAGUCAGGCGGGCUUGGUCAUCCUGCUCGCAGACAAGGACGAUCAGUUCCUUCGCGGGAGGCCGGCCAAGGUCACCCCCAUGUUGUGGCGAUCGCACCGGAUGAAGGGUGCGGUGCGCAGUGCCCUGGCGGCCAAGACGACGGCGGCGCUGGAGGCGGGCGAGAGUGGCGACAUGCUGAGGCAGCACUUGGUGGAGCUGCACUACGGACUGGGUUACCGGACCCACAUGGACGACGUGAAGGCGAUCAGGAUGGUGGAAGUCACGGACUGUAAGUCUCUCUACGACCUGCUCCAGAAGCGGGGGACGGUGCCCUCCGAGAAGCGGCUGCUGAUCGAUAUCGAGUCGCUCAAGAACGAUCUGGAGUUCAACGACGUGGUGAGCAAGUGGGUGAGCACGAAGCAGAUGCUCGCCGACUGCCUAACCAAGCACGACGUCCGCGCUGGCGACUACAUGAGGUAUGUACCCCAGACCGGUGAGUACCGGCUGACGGAGGAUCUCAUGGCGGUCAGUGAGUACUACCGCUCGAAGUAUCCCAAGAGGCAGCGACCUGCUGACCAGCUAUUUGUUCACGAGGGCUACACCUACUUCGAGGACUGCAUUGCGGAUGUGAGGUGCAAUGCAGGCGUGGCUCAGCCUGUUCCGAAGCCCUACCUCCGUUGGCGGAUGAUGCUCGGACAGCGCGAGGACGAUAUCUAUUUCGAGAAGCUCGAGGACAUGGUCGACUGGUCUGGCUUGGACCAGGUGACGAAGCUUCGGAGGAUCCCGACCCAGGUGCGAAAGCUGUUGACGAUCUACGCACCGACCAAGGCGGCCCUCGAGCGCUACGAGAAGGACUUCACGGAGAAGCACGCCAUCAAGAAGCCGAAGGUGACGAACGAUGAGGACCCCGAGAAGGGGCUGGGUGCCAUUGAGGAGCUUGGUGCGCACGUCGAGUCGGACGAGAACGUGAAGGAGGAUAGCACCGACGUCGCGGAGAUCUGCACGAUGGACGCUGCGGGUGCCGAGUCUGAGGAGAUCAAAUCCGGCGCCGCUGCGGCUGCGACGGUGACGGAAUCUACUGCACCGACGAAGAAGGAGACGCUGAAGGCUCGCGGGUUACACGAGAGAACCGGACACUCAUCGCGCGAGAAGAUCGCGGUCGAGUUCGGCGACGUGAUAGAGGAAGGUGUUCUCGAGGCGUAUGAGCUGAUGGUCAAGAACUGCGACGAGUGUCGUCGAGGAAAGAAGACCUGCGCCUCCGUGCAGCGCGGAGGCAAGGGCAGUGAGUUCGAGACGCACGAGUCCACGAGCGAAGCCAAGGGCAAGCUCAAGGGGGAGCAGAUGGCCCGAGAUCGCAUAGGCGACUGCGAGCACAAUGUGACGACCACACAGGGAAGCAACCAGCACAAAGACAAGCUCCAGUGCCUGCAGCGUGGCAUGCUGCUAGAGGACACGGACACGACGCGGUGGAAGCGAGAGAAGGAAUAUCGUGAGAUCAAGAAGACCUUGCGCACCAGCAAGGAGAAGGAGAUCAAAAUCGAGAUGAAGGCCAUCCGCCUCCGUGACAUGCACGAGAGGAUGGAGGCCAGUGA